UUCAAAAGCUUGCCUCUGCAGGAAAUUAGCAAUCAUACUGGCCCACGCACAACAGCAGACCCAGGCAUGGAGGAAUGACUCCUAAUCAGCAACAAUCAGUGGAACAAGAUGACUGGGAGAUUGACACUCAAGAGGUGAUCCUACCCAAAAAAUUGGUCAGGCAACCCAAGGUGGCGAGUCCUGUCGGUCAUGGCCCGAACGUAUCAUCCACCGCAAUUUCUUCCUCGCAGAAUGCUGGCGCCUCUUAUGGAAGUGCGACUGGACUCGCACAAGCAAACAAAGGAACAGGGGAUGUGAAUGAAGACGAAGAUGACUGGUUCAGAGGUGAUAGACCAACGACGAACCGUCAAAUUUGGGACUCCGCAAACGCUCGCACCCCGUCUACGACUAUCAUAGCCCCUCAAGCGCUUCCAACACCUACUGUUCAACUUUUACGCCGUACUCCCAACUCGGCCUCUUCUGGCUCUAAUUCCCCCGGUAAUGGAGCAAAUGGGGAGAAGAAGGGAAAGAGUAUGGAGGAGAGGGCGGAAGAAUACCGGCUAGCAAGGGAGCGGAUUUUUGGUGCCGGAGUCGCCCCUGCCGCUUCAGACACAUCUAGUGCUUCUGCCCAAGGCAGCGCUGGCCGAAACGCCACCACGUCGUCUAGUCCUGCGCCUUCCCCUUCAGAAUUCGCCAAUCUUUCUCUCAACUCAUCCGAUAAAGACAGAAGACAAGAUCGACGAUCCACAAGCGGUAACGGUAGGCAGAGAGGACUUAACGCUACUGGGACCAAUGCUGGGAACAACAAUAACAGCAACAACAGCAGCAACAACCGUUUUGGUGGGAAUGGUGGUGCAGCGGGAAGCAUGGGAGAGCGGAAUGGGUUUUAUAGCGGUUACACCCAGCGAAACGAGAGUUAUAACCGAUUUCCAGCUGAUACCCCACGCGACCUCUCUUCCGCAUACACAUACACUCCCACAUCUUCUUCUUCACCAUCGCCUUCUUCAGCAGCAAGAACGACAGACAGGCCGUUUGCAGGUCUUGUGCCAUCCCAAGUCCGGACUGGGUGCUCUCCAAACCCUACCAAUCCCACAAACCUUACUAAUUCGAUGUAUCCGACUAAUCCGACUAAUCCAAUGGGGCGACCCACCACAACUGGAGACAAUGGGAGCCCUGGGUUGAGAAGUGGAGAGUAUUCAUCAACGGACAUGAUCCCAGGAUCAGCUGCAGGUCCAGGGUUAGGGUCGGGCGCACAAGGAGGUGUAUUGAGACAGCCGCUUGGACCGGGGGUUGGGCAGGCUGGAGGGUUCGGAAUUGGGUUUGGUGGAGCUGGUGCUGGGGCUGGUCGUGAGGGAGGUCAAGGGUAUGGUAAUGGGUAUGGAUAUGGGGGUAGCGGGGGUUUCAGUGCUGGCGCUGGUGGUAACCGUGGCUACGGUGGAAACGGUGGUAAUGGGAGCGGAAAUCGUGGGGUAGGAUCAAAGUACUCUCCUUCUGGGUUCCGUAAUCCCAGACAAUAAUCAGUCUUUCAAAUUAAACUUCCUUGAGCUUACCUUGUGCCGUUGUUACGUGGAAGAUGUAUGUCGAUUGUAUCACCU